UCAAUUCACGUGACGCCCUCCAACCAAUCGUCGCACAGCAACAUUUCAACCGAAGACGCUUCUGUUGUGACCAGUGCAACGUGAUUUUCGCCAGUUUUCCGCAAAAUCUUCACUGAAAAUGUAGAAAAGUCGUCGCACAACUCGCCAGAAAUAUCACCGACGCGGUUUCCGCCAAUUUUCAUUUAGGACCGCCACCGCGAGUGGCCCCCGAUCACCAUUCUCAACCACAACUCCGACGACAGAAAACGCCCCAGCAUGGUAAAAGGGCGCAGGGUGCGCGCUGUGGUGGCGUGCGCCCGCAGCGACGACUGCUGUUCACCGAAUCCGAAGCGCCGCGGCCCCAAAAUCGUGCUCCCGGCCAAGCCCCACACCCUCGACGCCUUCUUCCAGGACAAACCCCACGACUUCAAUAAGCAAGCUGACAGCGGACAGGAGAUUUUAUUCACAUUAAUGGCAAAGGACGAAAUUGACGUUGAUGUUCCCAAGACACCUGUGCUCGUCAAGUCGUUGACGUGCAGCGAGGGACCGCCGACGCCACACAGGAUCGAGCUGUGCCUUGAGGAGGGAGCGAAAGAGGCGAAACAGGAGAAGCCACCAAAGAGCAAAAAGAAGGCGAACCAAAUGAACCACCGGGUCACGGAUUACUUCCCGGUGCGGCGGUCCGUCCGCAAGACGAAGAGCACCGUCAUGGAGGAGCGGCAGCGAACCUUGGAGCGGUUGCUGCGGUGCGACGUGGAGGAAGGGCUCGAGGUGCGAUAUUUCGCGGACAAAGGCAGGGGCGUGGUCACGUCGCGGCCCUUCACGAAGGGCGACUUCGUGGUGGAGUACAGCGGCGACUUGAUCGACUUGAACGAGGCCAGGAGGCGCGAGCUCAAGUACGCGCAGGACAUGAACACAGGCUGCUACAUGUAUUACUUCAGGCACAAUAAUCAACAGUAUUGCGUGGAUGCUACGGCCGAGACUGGAAAAUUGGGAAGGCUCGUGAACCAUUCCAGGACCGGAAAUCUCAUUACCAGGACCGUAUCGGUCGACAAUAAGCCGAGAUUAGUACUUAUAGCCAAGGAUGACAUCAAGGCUGGCGACGAGGUCACGUACGAUUACGGGGACAGGUCGAAGGAGUCGCUCAAGUAUCAUCCGUGGCUGGCUUACUAAUUUAGUUAUUUAUGUUUAUUUAUUUUGUUUUUUCUUCUUUUUUUUUUUUCUCUUGACAUUGGGACGACUAGAGGUCCGUUGUUAUUUCUAUGUGCACUGAUGUAUUUUUUUCAAAGAGGUUUAGAUACGGACAGUCACUGCCUUUUGUAAUACUUUUUAUUUGUUGCUCGAAUUGACCGAGUUGACUAUUUUAAUAGUAAGAUUCGUGCUAAGUAAUGAGGUAAUAAAGGAUUUGACUUGA